AUGCACCAUAUUGAAGUUGAUGUUCUUGACGACUACAUUUCCACCUUCAUAUUAUCACUUCAAAAAUCCAAUUGCACCGAGUAUGAGCCCACUAGUAUUCGAGGCAUCCUUGGCAGUCUUGACAGAAAACUGAAGAGGCAUCGUUUUCCAUACUCGAUAAUGGCUGGCAGUGGGCCCCAAUUUUCUCUGACUAGACAGACCUAUAAUGCCAAGAAAAAAAGCUUAAAGAAACAGGGUAAAGGGAACAGGCCAUGUGAAGCAGCACCACUAACCGAUGGAGAGCUUGAAGUCAUGUGGCAGAAAGGUGUCCUUGGAUCUCACAGCCCAACAGCGCUGGUGAACACUCUUUGGCUCAACAACUGUCUGCACUUUGGCCUAAGAGGCACUAAAGAGCAGUACAAUCUGAGGUAAUAAAGUUGAAGUUGUCCACAAUCUGAAAAAUGGAAAAAUCAUUUAAAUAGCCAUAAAUAAAAUAGUUAUUAACAUUAUAAACCAGGUGUUGAUUUGUUUUGAUAACGUUUCAAGCACAAAUAUGCCAUGCAUUUGUUUGCAACACUUACAUUUU